AUGGGAAGAUUAGUAAGCGUAAAGUUACAUAAUGGAAGCGAAUAUGUAGGUGUUUUAGCAACAUUUGAUGGUUUAAUGAAUGUAGUAUUAUAAUAAGCAGAGGAAUUCGAGAAUUCAGAAUUAAAAAAUAAAUAUGGAGAAAUAUUUAUUAGAGUUUCAAUUGAAAAUGUUUGA